AUGUUUUUUAAAAGAAAACGUUGGGUAACAAUAUGUAUUUUAAGUCAAUGGACAGCUGGAUUUAUAAUUUCAAUACCAUUUCUCUGCAGACCGAAACCGUAUUGUGAUUUUUGGAUAUGGAUGCAUAUAUAUACAUUUAUAAUGAUUGUUGUAAUUCCUUCAAUCAUCUCACUUAUUACAAAUAUAAUUUUAUUCAAAUAUGCUCGAUCUUCAUCUCGUCGCAUUCAUCCAGAAACUCUUUCGGCACAAAUCAGUGUUCAUCAUCCUCAAAUAUUCUUAAUUAGACAUCGAGAUGUUUUAUUACUUCGACAAAUGAUUUCCAUGUUUUGUAUAUUUAUUGGAAGUUGGGGUCCUCUCUAUUUGACUUUAGUUCUACAACGAUUAAUCAAUAUCUCUCCAUUGGUUAUACCAAUAUUAAUGUUUAUAGCCGAAUCAGCAGUAUUAAUUGAUAUUAUUAAAUUAUUUGUUGCUAAUCAAGAAAUGAGACAAUAUUUUCGACAGAAAAUGUUCAGAUGCUUUCAAGCAUAUCAAUAA